AGACGACCGGAAGUGCUGCUCUGCCCACUUCCUUCUCCGCUCGGUGGUACCGAUGCGGAAGAGAACGGCGGCAGCGGGAUGUAUGUAGAGAUAAAAAAAAGUACACUGGUAUCGUCUUCCUGAUGCCACCAGUUCCUGGAAAGAAGCACAUUUCUUCUAUUCUGUUUAUUGGGGAACGACGAUGAGCCUCCUGCCUUCAGUAGGGGACGAGAACUGCUAUUACAUCCUGACAGAAGACUGUGCCUAUGGCAGCAAGUACUUCCAAGCUGGGAACAUGUGCUACUGCACCGAGAGGAGCUACCUGCGCAACUUUGCCGACGUGCCCCCAACUCGUUUCUUGAGAGUCAUCAUGCUGGAUGACAGCUCCACUGUCACCGUCAACGUGGAAAUCCUGCAGCCUGUGCGUGAGGAAAUGGCCGCCUUCCUCCUGAGCAUCAGCAGCCACAAUGAGCGCUUGAACUGCUUCCUGGAGAGGCUGAACCUUGAGGCUGCUCUGCAAGCCGUGCCGGGCCAGAGAGUGAUGGUGGAGGUCGACCGGCAACAUUUCCCCGGCGUCAUCCGCUACAUUGGGAGCAUUCAGAAAAGUACUUUGAAUGCGUUGACCCCAUUCUUCUUUGGAGUGGAGUUGCAGGAUGAGGGUGAAAACAGAGGGCGCAGCGAUGGAUCCUAUCUUGGCAUUGAGUAUUUCAAGUGUAAGCCCAAUUGCGGGAUCUUCCUGCCCUUCAGCAGAAUCCAGUUCAUUUCCACGCUGGAUAAUGACCACGGGAAGCAGAAGCCAAAGGUGGAUGCAGAGGAAGUGGUUCCUGUGAAAGUGGGAGAUGCCGUGAGCUUCUACGUGGACGAUGUCCGCAGAAAAGGAAUAGCAAUGGCAGUUUACAGGGAGGGAACCCAAUGGUUCGUUAAAGUUUGCCCGGAAGAAGAAGGUACAACUGACAUUUUCAGAGAGAUUCCUAUGGACUCUGUUGUGAAGGAAGACUUACAUUCCCAAAGUUUAUUUCCACCGUUUGAGUCUGACAUGGGAGUGGAACACUCAAAACAAGUGAAACAACAGAUAGGUGAGAGCGGAGAUGAGUGUGAAGGCGUGAACCCGUCCCUGGAGGUGAACUCCAUGGUCCAGAUCACCUUGGACAAAGGGAACCAAGUGUCAGGAAUCAUCCGCUGGCUGGGGUACUUGCCCCACACCAAGCACAAAAUGGCAGGAGUUGAACUGGAUGAAGAUAAAGGAGUCACUGCUGGCGAAUGGCUGGGUAAAUACUAUUUCCACUGUGCUCCCAAGCGUGGCAUCUUUGUGAAGCUGCAGUCCUGCCAGCCCGACGUUCGCUUCCAGUGCUCACGCAACUGCGACCUGAGCCUCAUAGAAUAUAGAAAGCAGGAAGAUGUUCCCCACAUUCCACUCAGUUUUCCUCCUCUAAGGAAUGAAGAAGCGGUGCACAUCCUACGAGGAAGGAUGAAGGGGAUCCAGGGCCACUGCAAUUCCUGCUACAUGGAUGCAGCACUCUUUAGCCUCUUCUCCUGUACAUCCGUGCUGGACUCCAUGCUCUUCACACCCUUCCCAUUGUGUGAUAGGAAUGUCCAGAACAUUCUGCGGGAUGAGAUCGUGAACCCUCUCCGAAAGAAUGGCUUUGUAAUGGCUAGGAGUGUGAUGCACCUGAGGGAGCAGCUAACUGAGAAGGGCCAAUGCUCAAGCUUUACCAAUGCAGAGAAAGAUCCGGAGGAGUUCCUGAACCUCAUAAUGCAUCAGGUCCUGGGAAUAGAGCCACUCUUGAGACUGCAGUCAGGAGCCCAGAAGGAACAGGACUGCUACUGCUACCAAAUAUUUAUGGACAAACAGGAGGACCUAGUGGUUCCUGAUGUGCAGCAGUUGGUGGAACACUCCUUCCUGUCUUCAGAUCUGAAGCUAGUGGAGAUCCCAUCUUGCUUCAUUAUUCAAAUGCCACGAUUUGGGAAGGAAUAUAAAAUGUUCAGCAAGAUCAUCCCUUCCUUAGAGCUGGAUAUCACCGAUCUGCUGCUGGACAGUCCCAGAGAGUGCUGUGUGUGCAGUGACGUUGCCACCUGGGAGUGUUCAAAGUGUUUCAAAGACAAAAUAUUCUCACCUACGGGUCUGAAGCAGUUCUGCAGCACCUGCUCCAAACAGGUUCACUCCCACUACCGACGCAAAACACACAAACCAACCAGGCUGCACGUCCCAGAAGAAUUUCGUCGCCGCAGCUCCCGGGGCAGCCAGGAGGUUCCUCGUGAGAAGAUGGAGCUCUUUGCAGUGCUAUGCAUUGAGACCAGCCAUUACGUCUCCUUUGUGAAAUAUGGCCCUGAGAACGAGCACUGGAUGUUCUUUGACAGCAUGGCUGACAGGCACGGUGGUGAGAAUGGCUUCAACAUCCCCACUGUAACACUGUGCCCUGAAGUUGCCAAAUACCUGGACUUGCCACUGGCCAUGCUGGCCCUGGAGCAGCCCCGAGACAUGGACGGAGUGGCCAAACGCCUCUUCUGUGAUGCCUACAUGUACAUGUACCAGAGCAAGAAGAUGGCACUGUACAAGUGAUGCUGCCUUGUGUUGGUACUUCAGAGCAGUAAUGCGAGCUUGGACUCGUCAGUACUGAAAGCAUCUAAAUCUAGUGCACUGAACGCACA